AGUCGGGCCCUGGUGAGUGACGUGUGCGCAGUGGCAACUAAGGCCUCCUGGGAAAAUGUAGAGGAGCGUGAGCUUCGCGGGACAGGACAGGGUCUUAGGCUCUGCCUUGUGUCCACACGCCCUUGUGCAGACUGCUAUAGACUGUGACUUUAACCCUGUGUCCGGAUAUAGGGGUUAGAAGCCUGAGUGCAAUGGCUGGUGCCCACAAGCCCCUGAUUGCCGUGUGCCAGAUGACUUCAACCUCUGAUAAGGAGAAGAAUUUCGCCACGUGUUCGCGGCUGAUCCGGGAGGCUGCGGGGCGUCGCGCUUGCAUGGUGUUUCUGCCGGAAGCCUUUGACUAUAUCGGGGGCAGCAUUGAGGAGACGCUGAGUCUGGCUGAGUCUCUACAUGGGGACACCAUUCAGCGUUACACCCAACUCGCCAGGGAGUGUGGGCUCUGGCUUUCCCUGGGGGGAUUUCAUGAGAAAGGACCCAACUGGGACACGGACCAACGCAUUUCCAAUUCUCACGUGGUUGUGGACAACACAGGGCACAUAGUAUCGGUGUACCGCAAGGCUCACCUGUUUGACGUAGACUUGCAGAAUGGAGUGUCACUCAGAGAGAGCAGUUCCACCCUCCCCGGAGCAGAGCUUAUUCGCCCCAUCACUUCUCCAGCAGGAAAGAUUGGCCUGGGGGUGUGUUACGACCUCCGCUUCCCAGAAUUCUCCUUGGCUCUGGCCCAACAAGGAGCAGAACUUCUCACUUACCCUUCUGCCUUCACCCUCACUACUGGUCUGGCACAUUGGGAGGUGUUGCUGAGAGCCCGUGCCAUAGAAACCCAGUGCUACGUAGUUGCAGCGGCACAGACAGACAGACACAAUGAGAAGAGGACGUCCUAUGGUCACGCUAUGGUGGUAGACCCGUGGGGGCUGGUCAUUGGCCAAUGCCAGGAAGGAACAGGAAUAUGUUAUGCUGAGAUUGACAUUCCCUACAUGGAGCGUGUGAGGCGGGACAUGCCGGUGUGGAGGCACCGCAGGACUGAUCUGUAUGGGAAAAUCUCCUUUAAUAAACCCGACUGACUCCAUAAUGGAUCACCUGCACCUAUGGGGGCAAAGACUUUCCCCUGAUUGCUGAAAUUCCUCAAUCUGUGACUGUGAAUGACAAUGAACGUGACUUGGAAUUGCCGGGUUAUGGCACCGGCAAUGAUUCUCUACAGUAAUUCUCAAUAAAAGUGCUGAACCU